CCUCUGGCUGUCCAUUUCUUACCUGGGGUAGCAGACAUGGAGGGGAAGGAAUACAUGAUGGUACAAUCACCAUCAGACAGAGGAGUGGGGUUUUCAAGGGUCCGGGUGUACCAUGGACCUAUUCUUUCUGUUUUACUACAAUAGAAUUCAAUGCGAGGGCUUGUUGCCCAGUCCCACUGUCUCCCUCUCAACAGCACUCAGUGGUGCGUAAUGCUCUCUUCUGCCUGGAGACGGCAGCAAAUGGGAAAGAAAACCACGUGUACACCAAGGCACUGCUGGCAUACGCCUUUGCUCUGGCAAGAAUGGAGGAGAAGCGGAAGGCUUUGCUUGGAUCACUUGAAACGGAAGCAGUGAAAAAGGAUGGGUCUGUUCAUUGGCAGCGGCCUGGGAAAGAGAUGGUGGCUGAUCUCCCCUACUACCACUACCGAGCUCCCUCUGCUGAAGUGGAGAUGACGGCCUAUGUGCUCCUUGCUCACCUCACCACACAGCCAGCACCCUCCCAGGAGGAGCUGUCAUUUGCAUCUCUUAUUGCAAAGUGGAUCAGCGGUCAGCAGAAUCCCAAUGGAGGCUUCUCCUCCACCCAGGACACAGUGGUGGCUCUGCAAGCCCUGUCUCUGUACGGAGCUGUCACCUAUGCCAAGAGUGGAGCAGCUUCCCAAGUGACCCUGAGAUCUGCAGGGGACUUCCAGCAAGACUUCCAAGUGGACCCCUCGAACCGGCUGCUGCUCCAGCGCGUGCCCCUGCCCCAGGUGCCAGGGGAGUACAGCGCAGAGGUGUCUGGUGAAGGAUGCGUCUACCUGCAGACGAGCCUGAGGUACAACGUGCAGCCCACGCAGGAGAAUGAGCCCUUCACGCUCCACGUGUACACCACUCCAGAGACAUGCGAGGACUCCCGGGCUCACAAGGUCUUUGACAUAGGCAUAAAUGUCAGUUACACAGGUGAGCGCAACGUCUCCAACAUGGUGAUUGUUGAUGUGAAAAUGCUGUCGGGAUUCAUCCCCGUCAAGUCCACAGUAAGGAAGGUAGGAGCCCAUGUGAAUUAUUUCUCCAAGGAUAUCUGCCCCUAAUCCAUUCCUUUUUAAAGGAGUUUUUUUUCCUGGUAUCUUUUCCAGUGUUAGCCCUGCUUCACUUUUCCCCUGGUUCUUCUACCCAUCUCCUGUCUCCAGAUCUCCC